ACAUCAUCAGCCCGAAGCUUCGUGACCAGCAACGCGAUUGAUCACUGUGAUUCAAACGACUAACUAUUGACGGUAUCCCAUUGAACGUCAUUGGUCACAUCGGUUACUACAGAACCAUCCCAACGACCCCGAGCUCUGCGAUCUUCACAUUCUUCCGACAACCUCCUUUACUAAGUGCAUGCACGCACAUAUCUGCCCCAUCUGUCUGGGCUCGAAUCGACUAUUUGAGCGGAAGAAAUGGCAUGCGCCUGAAUUCAUAAUACGGCCCUAAAAAACUGGGGAUGAUGGAUCUGGCAGCACAAUGGUAGUCCAUGAAGACCAGUCCUCUCUGGACGACCAAGCACACAAUGACCAAGACGACGUGUUGGAAGGGGAUCGGAACCAUGAUAGAACAGAAGCAGGUUUCUUGGGAGAUGAAGAUCAGGGAGCACAGGAGAUGGCCAACUUUUCUGGUCCCAUCGAGAAUGGGACGAUAUCGAAGCGGUAUGGAGAGAUCAUCCAUGAUCAAGUAGAGGAAAACUCCGACAGCGGUUCCCAAGGCGCUGUCGCACAACGAUCUGGGAGUCCCAUCGAAUCUCUCCUCUCCGUACCAGAUGAUACGCCAUCGAUUCAGGGCUCUGUCCUUUCGUCGCCUGGAAGCAGCGCCCUUCCGUGUGUCCCUCCGCGACCGGGACUAGGCAGUCCGACACCAUCCCUUCGACCGUUCGACCGCAGAUUUCAAUCCCGAAUCUCUUCCUCGUCCCGGGCUCAAUCCCCCCGGCCUUCCUCUCCCGCCUUCUUCUCCCAUAGCCGAAAUGCGUCUAUGAGUUCCCAGUUUCUGUUCGACCGAGAGGACACCGAGGCGCAGUCCCCGCCGUGGGAAGUUGUACGAUGGACGAAACUCAACAAGAUAAACGCGCAGGUCUUUUCAGAGAUCGGGAAGCGUAAUUUCGGCACGCCGACCUGUCUUGCCGUUUCUACCAACAUUGUGUUCGGAACGAGCAAAGGAAUAAUCUUGAUUUUUGACUACAACCAGACCCUCAGAACUAUCCUGGGCCCUGGUACAAAAGCUGUCGAGUCGGGUCCUAUCACGGCCAUUGCCAUUUCGGCCGACCACACGACCAUUGGUGGGGGCCAUGCUAACGGGAACAUUUUCACCUGGGAGACUUCGAGAGCAUCACGGCCGUUUCUCCAAAUCCCACACCUGGAUGCGUCGCAAAUGCAGAAUAGGACAACCGACGGACAUGUUCCCAAUGUCUCUAUUACUCACUUGGGCUUCCUUGGGACCCGACACACCGCACUCGUAUCCGGAGACGACAGGGGAAUGGCCUUCUCGCAUCUGGCUACGCGGGGUACGGGAGCACUCGGGCGCACCGUCAAGACCACCAGAAUCCUUGGCCGAUAUCCAGAUGCUCCGCCUCCAUCGGGGAAGCCCUUGAAGCCUAGCACUGUCUUGGCAUUCGCACCACUGCCUCUGGGCAACGUUGAGCGUGCCACUGAUACGAUGGGGCUAACCGCUAUGUUGACACCAUACCUUCUAGUUGUCGUCUCCACUACACCCUUGGCCCAGACCCAGCAUAAGUCGGCCCGGCCCAAGGAAAUCGCCCCCCAUACUGCUAUGACGGGCUGCCUUGCCUGGUUCCCGGCCGUCAAGCUCAAAACGCCUGACCCUGCCACGGGAAGCGAUGUCACAAAAGUCAAGCUUGUCUACUGCUGGUCCAACGUCCUGACAGUACUUGAUGUUGACGAGGUGGCAUCGGAAAGAAAGGAUAAGCCUCCGAGUUUGAACUUCAAGGCCAGGAGCAGGUGGAAAUGCGAGGAGCCCAUCGUCGCUGUCCAGUGGCUCACCCGCGCGGUCCUGUGCGUUCUGACCAUCUCCCAGCGUUUGAUUAUCCUGGAAGAUGGGAGCAUGCGCAUGACGGAUGGCAUCGACUUGAUCCACAAGCACAUCUAUCAUGUCGAUCUCUUCUCCAAGCAGCUCCAUGCCCUCGUUGAACAACUAGAUGAGGACGAUACGUCCAUGCAUGGUGUCGUGGCGGACGCCUACUAUAUGAGCUUCAAGGCGUACAGAAGCCGGAUUUUUCUCCUCGGCGUCAAUGACAUUUCGAUAGGAUCCUUGUCCAACUGGGCUGAUCGCCUCAUAGCCCUGAUGGAAAAUGGAGACUACGUGGCGGCCAUCCAACUUGCGACAUCAUACUACACGGGGGAUGCCGAGAGACUAACAGUCGGCCUUCCCGAAGACGCUGCUCUUCGGCACUCGAUGGUCCACGACAAGCUCCUGGAGAUUAUGAGCGCUUCGCUCAAGUACGCUUUUGGCCAGCGACAAAAGAAGCCUGCCGUGGCGGAUGACAAUCACAUGCGCGAGCUGGCCGAGACUUGCUUUAUUGGAUGCCAGAGCGCCGGUGACGUCGAUUUUCUCUUCGACGAGAUGUACGAGUGGUUUGAGGAUGGCGGGAUCGAGGGCAUAUUUCUGGAAACCCUCGAGCCGUACAUCUUGGAUAAGUCCAUCACGAUCGUGCCCCCGGCAGUGGUGAAGGCCAUGGUCACCUACUACGUCAGUAAGGACUGGGAAAGCCGUCUGGAAGAAAUGAUCGUUCACAUGGAGACGGCGACACUGGAUCUGGACCAGAUCACGACGCUGUGCAAGCAGCAUAGGCUCUAUGAUGCAUUGAUAUAUGUCUGGAACCAGGCCCUUGAUGACUACAUCACUCCACUCAUCGACUUGCUCAGCCUACUCGUUCCACUGGUGGACAACGACGACGAUAUGCCGUCGGGCAAUAACGAGGCCUAUGACGCGGAUUCCACCAAGAUGUUCCCUUACCUCUCGUACGCCUUGACGGGGAGGAUCUAUCCUACGGGUGAAAUUCUGGAAGACGAGAAGGCUUCAAAAGCAAAAGCCGAGCUGUACUGGUUUCUUUUCUCGGGAAACAGUGUCACUUGGCCGAAGGCCCGUGGGAGGCAGUUUCGCACACGGCCCCGGGGGCUGACUGAGCCGUCUUUCUCGUACUUGAGGCUUAUUCUCAAGUAUGAUGCGCCCAGCUUUCUUAGUGCCCUGAACGAAGCGUUUGAAGACUCCUUUCUCAACUCUGCCCCCGAGAACCAAGCUGGUAGCCUUGCCGGGGACCUACCUGAAGAGCAGAUAUUUGGAAUGACGGUGGAUAGGCAAUACGUCGUGUCUAUUCUGUUAGAGAUCAUGAACCCUGCGGAUUUCGCGCCUGAAGACACCGUCUAUCUAGACAUGUUCAUCGCGAGGAACCUACCAAAAUUUCCCCAGUAUCUUCUUCUACCCGGUUCAACCCUCAACAGGGUCCUCGACGGCCUUUGCCAUUGUCCUGGGGAUGACAUUGCAGAUGACGCGCAAUUGAGCGCUGAAUACCUACUAUCCGUCUACCAGCCUCCGGACAUGAACAGUCUCCUGCCAAUGUUCCGGGCUGCAGGUUUCUACCGCAUCCUGAAGCGACAAUACAAAGUGGACGGGCAGUACGGCAAACUGAUUCAGACCUAUUUCGAGGAUCCAGAUGACCCUCACUCGGUCUUUGAGUGCAUUGCAGAUUGCCUUCGGCCACAGAGUGGCUUGAGCCAAAAGCAAGUUCACGAAGUGCAGCAGGUCAUUCGGCGCCACGCGCGGCAACUAAUCGGACUCGACCCUGCGGACUCUGCGAGGACACUGGCGCAGCAGACUCUGGAGCUUCAUGGACAGGUGCUCGACUCGGCGGAAGACGAGCCAGGCCUUCAAUUCUACUAUCUGCAGACGCUGCUCGAGCCUGCGACUGGGGAAACGGACGGGCCCCUUCUGCGCCCAGAUCGAGAUUUGAUCGAGAGAUACGUCCGGCUCAUGUGCAAGUUUGACCCAAACCAUGUCUCUGAUUACAUCGGGGCCGUGCAGCUUUCCAAUCUCCACCUCAACCUCGAAGCACUCCUGCCGGCGAUGGAGGAAACCGGCGUAAUAGAUGCGGCGGUUGUUCUGAUGGCCCGCGAGGGUCAAACCACAGAAGCUAUGGACAGGCUCGUACGGCAUCUGGGGACGCUCGAGUCCGCCUUGCAGGGUCUUCUAUCUGGGGCUGGGGACGACGGCAAUGAGCAGCAGUCAGCUCAUCUCCAGGACGCGGCUGAGGAACUUCUUGGUGCUCUUCGAAAAUAUGUGCACGUGGGUAUCUGGCUCUGCCAAGGACAGACCAAGUCGUCCAGGGCAGUCAAUGGCAUCCGGCGAGGACACGUGGCUAAGGAGACGACCUUGUCGCCUGACGAGACGCUCUGGCUCAGUCUCAUAGGGGCGUCAGUUCGAACGACGCGACGGCUGUCUGCGACCAUCGAUGCAUUAGGGCCCUUCAACGUCGACAUGGCGUCCGAGGGCUUGGGCUUGGGCUUGGACACCGAUAGGUUGGUGUCGCUGUUGCGUUCGUUGGUCCAGCACACAUUCACGGCUCUCCUUACGACAACGGCAUCCAGUGCGUCACCGCAGCAGAGCGGUAGGAGGUUGUUGACAAGCGCCAGCAACAACUUGUCGUUCCUUCGCAUCCUCCGCGCCUUCCUCACGCAAGCGGCCGCGUCGUCCCCGAACCUGGCCGACCUCCGGGGCGUGCUUGCUUCCAUCUUCUCUGCGUACGCGUACGAGGAGUCGAUCCUCCGUCUGUCGAAUCGGCUUCUGGAACGGAGUCUCUUUGUAAACGUCAAGCAAUCUGUCGAGCUGAGACAGCGUGGCUGGCGGCCAAGGGGCUCGACGUGCGAAGCAUGCGGUCGCCGUGUGUGGGGACCCGGGGUGUCCGGCAAUGUGUUCGACGCGUGGGAAGAUAGGCAAGCGCUGGAGGAAGAGAGGAAAAUCGAGCGGAAAGCCCAACUGGCCAGUCUGGCGGAGCGAGACAAGGGGAAAGCGGCACAGAGACAUUCCGAUGUAGCUGCAGCCGAUGCCAAGGGGAAAGGAAAGGGCAAGGGCAUGGGCAUGGGCAUGGGCAUGGCUUCAGAUGCGGUUAGUGAGCAUGCGGAGUCUAAGGGACAAGAUGCUCCUGGCGGCGGCGGCGGGGACCCCAAUGGCAACGGCAACGGCAACGGCAAAGGCAACGGCAACGGCCACGGCAACGACAACGACAACGACAACGACAACAGCGCGAUGGAUCUGAUCGCAAAGAAGCCGCGAGAACAGCCUUUGGGUCCACUGGUUGUACUCGCUUGUAGGCAUAUAUACCACCAGGCGUGUCUAGAUGCGCUCAUGUCGGAACAGGAGGCCAGAGACGCGGAGGACGGGCAUAUGAGGAGGGUGACGACCUACAGCCACGGAAGAGAGUACCGGUGUCCCAUCGACGGCUAGAGAGAAAGCAUAUGAAGCGAUGUGUAAGCAAUGGACGCAUCAUGUACAAGACUCUUGACGAAUUCUAACGAUGUUGUUAAUAAGCUGGAUCACAGCUUGGUGAGUAACUUGGUUGUAUCCGUGGGUAUACGGGGGGCGGGCUUGUGUACGGAGGAUGGAGGAGGAGACGAGGCUGAACUUCACCGCGUACCUUACGCUAAGGAACAUACAUACGUCCCGUAACAAACUGAUUGGGCCCUCUCAUUGGACCCCUUAUCCAUACUUUUCUCCACUAUUGUUCUUAUCC